AGUCGCCCUCCUGCAUGCACUCAAGAUGCCGCAAUCCCCAGAUCCUUCAGAAGCCAAGCAGGCGUGUGUGUCGUAGAGAACUUGUCCUCGCAGUCUGAUUUUCGAUGUGAGGCGCGCGGCGUGCGUGGCGACCGCAUCUCCGGUUUUUGCCUGGCCGUUCGCCCUCUCCAGUCACCGCACAUGAUGGAGACAUUGCAGGCUCCAAUCUCUUAUUCGAAAGCAACGUGCUUCGACAAUGUGUCCCGCGCCUCUCAAACCUACUCUCAGCCUUCUUUCGACCGCAGUCCGUAGAUCAAAUGGCGGACAUCGCUGGGGCACUGCAGACCGCAGACGCCGUGGCCGGCCUCACCACCGCCGUAAUUCGACUGUAUCACUACUGCCAGCAGCUUCGGAAGGCGCAUGAGCUAGCACAACUCGUGCUGGAAAAGAUCGAAGGUCUGCAGGAAGUACUUGAGGCCGUGGAGCGCAUUUGCCGGCGAAGAAAAGGCGGCUCCCCCCGAGAAAGCAACGAGCAGACAGCAAAGGAGUUGCGCGCUAUCCGACAGGCAAGUGAAAGAUGUCGAAGUGUGGUGCUGCGUGUGAGGGAAAAGCUGGGCGUGUUCGACAACACUGGUUCUGAGACGCGGCCCACUCUGUCGGAUCGCCGAAACUUUGUCAGCGCUCAGACUGCCAUCCAAGCAGCUCUGGAGAAUCUCACUGCCCACAAGCAUACUCUGAGUCUGUGGCUAAACGUCCUCCGACUAAACGACGAGCAGUCCAAUGCACAGAGAAGCACGACUUUCAAUGAGCUCCGAACCCGGCUACCAGAGAACGUGACAAUCGAGGUCAAACUAAAGAGUCUAUUGGAACAACGCUCGACAGCAUCAGCGCGGCAGUCUGUUGCCGACUCUGCCUCUCGUGACGCGACGCGGCCAACAGAUUCCGAUGCCGUGCCCAACCCAUCUCCUCCCGUGCUGGAGCCAGACGAUGAUGAAGCUGAAAGCCGUUCCACUCAAGAGGCGUUGGACGACCUGAAAUCGGUGCGUGAUACGGCCAGGAAACUGCUUGCCAAGAGAAGAACUGUCCGCGAUGUGCUGCCAGGCCAGGACAAAGAUGCUCUCACGCACCAUUUGCAGCGCUAUUACGCACGCGGGAAAGAGCACUUGAAAGCUUCGCAACAUGCAGAAGCCGAAAGCGACUUCAGCAUGGCUCUGGCAUAUUCCGAGAAGCGAUGCGACAAGUAUCAGAUCCCUUUCCAUGACCGCGAAGUGCUGCUUGAGCAUCUAGCCCAAGCCUACAAAGGUCUCAAGCAGUGGGACGCUGCCAUCGACAUUGUAGAGAAUGAGAUCCUGCAUGUGAAGGAUGGCGAGACUCAUGCAGAGCGCUUGCCGCCAUCACGAUCUGUCGCGCGACAGCACGAACUUCUGGGAGCAUUGUACCUGGAGAGAUACUACGAGGCCAGCGUCGACUCCGACUACACUGAUGCCCAUGAACACACCCAACAGGCAUAUCAGAUCUGGAAAGACAUCGAGACUGAAGCCACCACAUUGUCGGAAGAUGACUUCAAAUGCUUUCGUGGGUGUCUAUUGCAGCUGAUCAACAUGCUUCGCAGUAAAGGUCUCACUAUCGAAGCCGAACACUACGAGGGCGUGCUCGCAAACAAGGUGACGGGUUCGCACACCUCUUUCCACCCAGUAACAACGUUCACAAGCUCUUCAGACUCCGCUAGUGUCUUCUCUGCAGAUUCAAGCAUUCUCCGCCGGAUCAGUACCGGCCACAUCACGUUUGUGGGCGCCUUUGAAGAGGCCGUGAAAUGCAAGAACGACAGUCAAUUGCAGUUGCUGCACGACUCUCCUCACUUUGACUGGCCCGCACAUGUCAAUGAGCGAGACAGCAGACACGAGACUGCUCUUCACUACGCUGUCCAGCGAGGAAAUCCGGCCACGGUGAAAUUCUUGUUGGGCCACAGUGCCGACAUCGACGCUAUGGACGACCAAAACAGAACCCCGUUGUUCAAAGCUGUGCACAGGCAGCGUCUCGAGAUCGUUGAAGUUCUACUGCAGUGGGAGAAGAGUAAGGUCAACACCCGGACUAUCCAUGAUGGUGCCACGCUUCUCCAUGAAGCAGUCAAGAGCAACAAGACGGACUGCGCCAAGAUGUUAUUGCAGGCUGAUCCACAAUUGGUCAAUCUGCAGAGCCGAUCAGGACAGACAGCACUGCAUGUUUGUGCCGAGAGAGGCCGCGUGGAGCAUGUCCGCUUGUUGAUCGAUUCCGCAGCUGAUCUGAACGUAGCAGACUCGGCAAAUCGUACGUCUUUGCACUUGGCGUUGUCUGUCGAUGACCCAGCACAUGAGUUGAUCUUCCUGUUAUUGCAUGCUGCAGGUGCGAGCACAGGACUGGGAAAGCUCACGAGCAGUGAGAAGGAGCGGCAGAACCGGUAUCUGGACCAACGACGUACUGCUGCAAGACGACAAAACUCUGUCGGAUCCAUGUCGCAAUCACCUGCUGAAGACGAACCGAGGACAAAUGUCUUGAAGGGGAGAGGCGAGAGGCGCAGGACUUGGAGAUCAUUUCUGUCGCAUUGAAAAGCUUGGACCCAAGGACGUGAACAUGGAUGACGCUACGUUCUGGCUGCUUUUUCGUUUGUAAGCGGCGUCUGAUGGGCUCCACAUAUCAUGCACUCUCGUCUGCGCGAAGAGAUGCCGCGACUGAUGGCCCGCAGGCAAGCUAUUGCGGACGGCCAAACGGGAGUUCGAAAAUGCCAACACUUUGUGAUCUCUCUUCGCCACCUUGAUCGCACGCCUCCUGCGCCUUUCUAAAAAGAAUGCUUCAGCUAUACCGCCGGAGACAGAGAUAAGAGGAUCACAACAGCAAUCGAAGGCCGGGCAGAUACACGGUGUUGAUCCUAGCUUCUGUUUUGCUUUCUCGCGGUGGCCAACGCUAUCUAGCUCUCGACGUGGUCGGUAUCCUCACGAUAGGUAUGGAAUAUGCUGCCGACAACGAAUCACAAGAAGUGUUACAUG